AUGUUUACCUUCGAAGACGAAGAAGCUGAACAAGGUUUUCCAUUUGAAAACUCAACCCCAGAGCAAAUUAUUAACCAUCUACAAACUCAUGACCAUCCUGAAACAAUCAUCAAUUCUCAACAAGUGCUUAUCAUGGCUGUUGAGAAUUGUAAAGAUUGUUAUGAACAGGGAGAAGAGGAAGACUACGUGGAAUGGUUCAAAUUAUGUGAAUAUUUAACAUCCAAAAGUGGAGUUAAUAUUAAUGUUUGUAGAUGUAUUGAAGAUGACUAUGAUUAUCCAUUAUCAAUUGCCAUUGAAUCGUGCGAUUUAAAAUUGAUAGAAUUGAUACUCUCUCAUGGAGCUGAUCCAAAUAAUGGAGCUGGUUUCAGAUGUAGAAAUGUAAUGAUUAACCUUGCAAUUCAAGAAGGAUCGAUGGAUAUUUUGAAAUUAUUGCUAAAAUAUGGAGCUGAUGUCAACAAAUUCAAUACAGUGCAUUGUGGAAGAUUCUCUCCAUGGAAUUGUGCCUAUUCGAAUCAAGAGUUUGAAAUAUUGGAUUUUCUCCUAAAUCUUCCAAAUAUUUCUCUAAAGAAUUCAAGAAUUUUUCAUGAAGCUUCUGCGAAUGGAGAUGUGAAAAUGGUUGAAUUAUUAAUUAAGAAUCAUUUUCCAAUUUUGGAUUUGAAUCAUGGUAAUUAUUCAACUCCAUUAUUUGAAGCAUGUAAGGGACAAUUCGUUGAAGUUGUGAAAUUACUUGUUCCUCUGCCAGGAAUUGACAUUAAUUUGGGAAGCUAUUCUGGAAGAAUGGAAACACCUUUACAAAAUGCAAUUCGAAAUUCAAAUAUUGAAAUUGUCAGUUUGCUAAUUUCACACGGAGCCAUAUUUACAGAAUCUGAUAGUUUGGAAGCACAUAAUAAUGCAGGUAUCAAUCUUUAUCAAAUCAAACUUCAAACACAACCAGUUUCGCAACUUCAAAAAUUGCUACAUUCUAACCUUGCACUUUCUGACACCACAUUCGAAUAUCAAUAA